AUGGAAAGCUGGGGAAUUGUGCUGUUCGACGAGCAGAAAUUCAUAUGCGACAAUAGCGUUCAACGUAUCAUGUCUAGGCACAGAAAUCUCCUUGUAAACGCGCAUGAAAUCGCUCACAUGUGGGCCGGCAACUUAGUUGGAAUUGAAGAUUGGCGAAACCUGUGGAUAAAGGAAGGCUUGGCAACUUAUUUCGCCUACAAGACUUUGAAGGCCAUUCCCGACCUGGCACCCUAUGCUGUGAGUAACGCCAGUAGUAGCUCAGACAUUUAA